AUGGUGUUUACGUGUUCGGAGGAAGGAGAGAGCAUGGCCAUGGGACCCGAGAGAUCGAAGCCUCUUCACAAUUUCAUGUUGCCCUAUUUGAAGUGGGGGAGUCAGCGCCACCUCCGCUGCACCAAACUCGCCUCCGACUCCUCCACCGACGUCGGAGAUCGCCGAUCUCCGGCGGCUCGAGAAUUCGACCACCCGCCUCCGGGGAAUGCCGACGCGCGACCGCGUCUCAAGCGGCCGCGAUUCCUCGGUGAUGAGGGGAUCGACGCCGUCAGGGAGAAGCUCAUGCUCGAUCUCAAAACCGAGGCCGAUAGGAUGAAGGACGCGAUUCUUGGCAAGGAGGUCGCACAGGACAAUGAUGUUAUCAUGGAGGAGGCGCCGCCGGUUGCGGUUGAGGAGGAGGCGCCGCCGUCGGACCCCGGAGUGAGGACGUGGAAUCUGCGGACUCGGAGGGCUCCCGUGGCGGUCAGGAUUGACGAGAAGAAGGCUGGGGUCGGAACGUCGUCUUCGCCGUUGAGGAGUCUCGCCGGCGCCGGAAAGUCGCCGAAAUUAAGAGCGUCACCGGAGAAAGAGGAGCAGCCGGUGAAGUUUUCUCUAACGCUGACGAAGAAGGAGAUUGAGGAAGAUUUCAUGAAUUUGGUGGGCCACCGGCCUCCCCGCCGGCCUAAGAAGCGGCCCAGAAACGCUCAGAAGCAAUUGGACACCCUUUUCCCUGGUCAGUGGUUGUCGGAGGUUAGUGCUGAUUGCUACAAGGUUCCCGAUGAAGCUGAGACUGGCAAGGUAGCGUUGAGGUUGGCGAAAGGCAUUUUGUUGUUGGCUGCGGAGGAUGCAUAUGAGGCUGAUGGGGGAUUUCAUGGAUGGAUGGAUUUGGUGAAUAAUACUCUGAACAGUGAUGAUUGUUCCAAAUCACAUAUGGUUUACUACUUUGCUUUUGAGGCUGUAUGUAGCUUCAAGGGUGAAGUUAUACUGUUGGAACUUUAA